AUGCAAAUGAAAUCAGCCGCCUGGCUCUCGAUAGCCACCACAAUCACCACCGCAGCAGCAGCAUGCACCCGCCCCCUCCUGGAGGAGGCCACAAGCCGCUACGUGGCCGCCCAGUCGGCCGGCGAACCCCGCUAUCUGCAGCAGUUGGCGCCCAACCUGGCCGCGAUGCUGUACACGGAGAACGGCAACGCGACCAUGCCACUGCACGCCUCCAUCCUCGCCGAGCCCCUUCGAAUCGACCACGCCCGCGCCCAGCACGACCUUGAGGCCUGCAGAGGCUACGUGGAGCUCAUCGUCACCGACGACGCCCACCCCUACCAGCUCGCGACGCAGAUCUACGUCGAUGCCGCCGCCGGCACCAUCAACAGCAUCGAGACGCUAGUCACGGACGCCCAGGACUGGCUGUUCAGCGCCCGGCAUGCCUUGCACUACGUCUUGCAGGAGGACUGGACCCCCAUCGUUCCGGCGGAGCGCGAUGAACGUGAGGUCCUGCGGGCUGCGGCGGACGCUUACCUUGAUCUGUUUAGUAACUCUUCGGUCGUUGUGCCGUGGCAUGACGAGUGCCGUCGGCUAGAGGGGGGUCUGUACACGCAGCCGGGGAGUACGUGCGCGACGGGGGUGCCGGAGGGGAUCGAGAUGGUCAACAGGCAGUACGUGAUUGAUGAGGAGUAUGGCACCGUUGGGGUUUUCCUCAGGUUUGGGCCCAGCGGGCUGCAUGAUAGUCACGAGUUUCGAAUUGAGGGUGGGAGGAUCAAGUACAUCCAUACCGUGACGGUCUGUCCGACGCCGAACUGUGGGUUUGGGGAUCCGCCGGCUAUUCUGCAGAAGGAUCCGGGCUGGUGA